GUCAAAGUACUAGUCAACGCACAUGUAGCCGCCGAAGAAGAAAAGGAGAAAAGCAACACUCGAUUCAACACCGCCACAACAAUCCAAAAGUGCACCCACUUCUUAAAUCCGCCAUUCAGGCAUUAACACAAACACUUAACGAGCAAAACCAGAAAAAAAAAAUGGUGGAAGAGAUUCCGGUGAUCGAUUUGCAGGAUUUUCCGAGAAGCUUACCGAAGCUGGUCGAGGCCAGUAAAGAAUGGGGAUGCUUCCGGAUCGUGAAUUUCGAGAGGAUCCUACCCGUUUCGCUGAUGCACGAGAUGAAGGCAGUCGUAUCUUCUCUCAUGGAGCUGCCGUUAGAGAUCAAACGGCGUAACGUCGACGCAGUUGCGGGAAGCGGGCACAAAUUGUCGGGUGGGGUCAACCCGAUUCACGAGGGUUUGGGUUUCUAUGACAUUGCUUCCUCUCAGGCUGUCGAUGAAUUCUGUACUCAGUUAGCUGCUACUCCUCACCAAAGGGAGACGAUUACGAGAUAUGCUAAAGCAGUAAACGAACUUACUAUCGAUAUCGGGCGUAAAAUAGGACAAGGGCUGGGCCUAAAGGAAGUUCCGUUCGAAAGUUGGCCCAGCCGAUUAAGGAUUAACAAAUACCCUUUUGCCCCCGAAACUAUCGGCUCCGAUGGGAUAAAAACCCACACGGACAACGGAUUUGUUACCAUACUGCAGGCUGAUGAGCAAUUAAGUGGCCUCGAAAUAAUGCGAAAAUCGGGCGAAAUUGUUGCUGUUGAGCCUUGUCCGGGGGCUAUUCUUGUCAAUUUCGGGGAUAUUGCUACGGCUUGGAGCAACGGAAUUCUCUAUAACGUGAAGCAUCGAGUGGUGUGUAAGCAACCAGGAAUCAGAAUUUCGAUAGCUACGUUCCAAAUAGGACCAAGAGAAGGAUUAGUGGAUGCACCAAAUGAAUUAGUGACGAAAGAAAAUCCUCGUCUUUUUGCUCCGUUCAGGUUCGAAGAAUAUCGGAACGCUAGGUUUUAUAAGGACUUAAAUGCCAGUGAAGCCCUUGAUCUCUUUCGUGUCGAAUCGUGAUAUACAUAUUUCGAAGCUGUUACUGUGUCUAUUCUUUAGCUAUGUAGUUUAAGAAUUAUACAUACUCUGUUACAAAUCUUAAUAAAAUGUCUUGUUUUGUGCGAACCAAUGUGACAUCAGUUAGCAACAUUAUGUUGCAGUAUAUACAUAUAAAUUUUACA